CCGGCCUCCUCGCACACAGCCAAGAGAGAGAACGGCUCUGUGUCCAAGCUGCCCACUACCCUGACCAGAGAGGUACCCAAGCCCACGCGAAGGUCACCGUCGCGGGCCGCCAAGAAGGAGGCUCUGGCCCAUGUUAAUGCCCAUGCCCAGGUGGCACGGACACCAGUGGACCCAUCGGAGCUGUUCCCCAGGCUGUGCCAUCUGGUGCGGGCCGAGACUGGCUACGGCUUCAACCUGCACAGUGAGAAGUCCCGGCCGGGCCAGUACAUCCGCUCCCUGGACCCUGGGUCUCCAGCCGACCACGCCGGGCUCAGACCACAGGACAGACUCAUAGAGGUGAAUGGGGUGAACGUGGAGGGCAUGCGUCACGCGGAGGUCGUGACCUUCAUAAAGAGAGGAGGAGAUGAGACCAGGCUGCUGGUGGUGGACCCUGACACAGACCAUCACUUUAAGAAGAUGGGUGUCACCCCAUUGGCCAGCCACAUUAAAGACUUUGACGGUCCGUCCAUAUCCAACGGCUCCCCCAGUCCUCAGAUCAACGGCAGCUUCACCAGCAGCUCCAUCCAGUCACACCACUCUGACCUGAGCAGUCCAGACAACAGCCUGCAGCUGGGAGAGGACGAGGCGAGCCGUCUGAUGGACCCGUUUGCUGAGAUCGGCCUGCUCCUGAGUCCCACUGCGGCUGAGGCCAAAGAGAAGGCCCACGCCAAGAGAGCCAAGAAGAGAGCCCCUCAGAUGGACUGGGACAAAAACACCAACUCUUCAGCAACUUCUGAACUUUUCUGCCACCCAAUGAGAGAAGCAGAAAGACUGUCGAAUUUGACAUAUCUGAAACUUACCUUCAACAUUCCUACCCGUUACCCUACCACCACCACCCCACCACCACUACCACCACCACCCCACCACCACCACCACCCCACCACCACCCCACCACCACCACCACCACCACCCCACCACCACCACCACCCCACCACCACUACCACCACCACCCCACCACCACCACCCCAACCCCACCACCACUACCACCCAAUCCAACAGAAGAGAAUAAUGCAGAUAGAAUGUUGUUCUUUGAACGUUGGCCAUCCAACACCGACUCCUCCCUGCUUCCAAAAUGGACGGGAUGGAAUGAUGGACAUUUCAUCCUUUACCCCUCCUUCAAUCCUCCCUUCUUCCACCCUUCUCUAUACCCUCAUCCCACCCAGAGAGAGCUUGUCUGCUGGACUGGCCUGGAAUAAGAGACUCAGGAUUACCAGCUUCUUCUGAAUCCACCCGUCAUCAUCAGUCUUUCCCUAAACCAUCCAAUGUCCCUCCUCUUCUACCACUAACUCCCACCUCCUCUGAGGACUGAUCUGGAGAGAGGAGGCACUUCUUUUUGUAUUUAGAAAGUAGAAAAGCACCUUGAUAGGUGUUAGCCAGCCCAGCUGUAACAAGUAUGGGGAAUAUGGACUAUGUGAGAUGUUUGUGAACACUGUGACCUGAUCUUAAACAUUGGGGUUUGUUUUGACCCUGUAA